UCUCAACCACGGAGAGAAGGCGAGUUUUCUCCGUGGUAUAAAAUUCCAUCCUCCUACUUUAAGAAUCUGAACUUGAAAAAGUUUUUUUAGUAUAAAUAUAUAAUAUUUAAUCAUGACAGUUUCAGCGAUCGACAGCCAACGCUUAAAAAAAUUCAUUCGCAAACAAAGAGGUAGGAAUCUGAUCCUGGAUUGCAGACCGUUUCUGUCCUUCGCCGCGUCUCACGUUCACGGUUCGCACAGCGUGAACUUGAACUCGGUGGUGGUGCGAAGGUCAAAAGGUGGCCCGAUCCCCCUGCAGUUCAUCAUCCCGGACGAGAAAGCCAGGGCUCGGCUGCGAGAGGGCAGGGUGUCCACUGUGGUGAUUCUGGACGAGAGAACUUCGCAGAAGCAGAGACUGAGCAAAGACAGUACGGCGCGGAACGUGUUAAACACGUUAACUGCUGUCAUAUCAACAGCCAAAAUCUAUUUCCUCAAAGGGGGAUAUGAAGACUUUCACUCCCAGUAUCCUGAGUGUUGCACGGAGCUAAAGCCAGGCUUGAACUAUACCAGUCUGCAAGAGGUCAAAGAAGCUGAUGCAAGCCAUACAAACCAACUUGAAAAACCCUGUGGUAAUUGCAGGCCAGCCUAUGAUCAGGGGAAACCUGUGGAGAUCCUGCCUUUUUUAUACUUGGGCAGUGCUUACCAUGCCUCCAGACCAGACUUUUUAGAGGAUCUCCACAUCACUGCUUUGCUAAAUGUCUCCCGAAACUGUGCAGAAUACUUCAAAAGCAAUUAUCUCUACAAGUUCAUCCCUGUAGAAGACAGUGCCUCAGCAGAUAUAAGUUCCCAUUUCCAGGAAGCAAUAGACUUCAUUGAUCACGUGAGACACACAGGAGGAAAGGUCCUAGUCCACUGUGAAGCAGGCAUCUCUCGGUCACCCACGAUCUGCUUAGCUUAUCUAAUGAAGAGCAAGCAACUACGAUUGGAGGAAGCCUUUGACUACAUUAAAGAGCGAAGAAGUACAAUUUCUCCGAAUUUUGGAUUUAUGAACCAGUUACUACAUUAUGAAUCAGAAAUGGUCCCCCUUACUCACACCGUCAGUUCCUGUAAAAGAGACACAGCAUCCUGCUCUGCAGAGGAAUUGACCUACAACAAAAGUUUGGACAGUUCCGUUUUUACCUUUCCCAGUUCACUCUUAAGUACAGUGCCAAUAGCAGCACCAGGUCAUCAGUUUGAAUUCAGCCCAAUAAAGGUAUCGCUUUCAUGCUGAAAUACAGCACAACACCAGAAACUGUGGAGUGGAGAAACAUGAGUACUCACAAUCAUGUGAUGGUGAACCUUGGCUGCUUUUAAGUGGCUUCUUCUGCAAUAUUUUGUGCUUACCAAGCUUAGCUCUGGCAACGUUUGUCCAAGUUAAACCAACCAAGUCAGCUCAGCACAUUUUCUGCUCAAAUGCUGCUGACCAUUGCAACUCAUUACCAUGCCUAAAUGAAAUGGAAAGUCAGAUAUAACUUAUUAUCAUACCCACAUGGAGUAUAUGCUGAAUAUCGUCUUUGCUAUUUGUACUGCAUACAUAUCUACCUAGCCUAGUAGAGCUGGGGUCUUUCAUUGUUUUAUGGCUCAAAUGUACUGGCUUCUGAGUACAUUAAUACAAACCAAAGCUGAUAUCAACAGUAUACAAUGCUUAUAUAUUUACCCACUGGUGUCCAAUUCAGGUCCAUGUGGUCUUGUGUUUGUCUCAAACAAUUGCAUGAACAGUCUUAGUGUUAUAUGUGUGAUGUUAAACAAGGUAGACGCCUAGUAAAUGUCUUUUUCCAAGAAAACAGCUAUAAUAUAAAAGAAUGGGAGGGACAGCUACAAAUCUUAAUCAUCAUUGUUCAAGAACCUUAGUCCCUGUGCUGGUUUAUCAUGUCAGAGUAAAUGCUUCUUUUAGUCUACACAGCCAGUUUUAAAAAAAACAAUUUGAAAUUAAAACUAAUUCAAUUUAAGUAAGUUUUUACCCCAAGCAUUAAGUUUUACCUGACUCUACUACAACAAAAUCUUUUCUUGCAUGGAAUCAGUAGGUUUCAUAUGCUUGAAGUCCAAUCAAAUCGAAAAAGAAAGCUUUCGUAUAGUAUUGUUCACAUCUGCAGGAUGCCCCACAGCCAAUUCAUUUGCCUUUAAGGUGUGGUCACUGUAGUUACUGUUGUAAUAGACAUAGCUGCCAAUUUUGCACAUGGUAAGAUUCCACAAACAGACAUUGGGUAAACCUCCAGUUGAUCUUUUAUGGUUGAUUGAUAAAUCUUGGUUGGGAUACCAUGAGAGUUCCUUGGUCUUCUUCAGAUGGGCCUUGAUUUUAUCCCAUUGAAAAGAGAAACCAUUCAAUGGUGCAGCACUUGCCUCACUCUUGUGAUCAUACCUUGCCCCACUACAGGACCUUAUGUGCUAAGGCCAGUAGUUGAACAUGAAGCCAUGAACUGCUGACCAAGUCACGUUGGUUACUGGGAGACUUUCUUUACAGAUGUCCUGGUAUUUAUUUUUAUUUAUGAGUUGCUUUCUUGCAUUUGGGUUAGGGUUAUGGAAUUUGGAAAUCUGCACCAUAACCCUCCCCUCACUCACGUAGUACGUCACUGUAACUAUGGCUCUCCUCAGGUCCAGGAAGGAAUAGGAUUUAAAACAUACAUUACUUCCUCACCCUGUAUUGCUGAACUUCCACGGGCUGAUUCUCUCCCUUGCCAUAUAUCUUGCAGAUAGAUAUCAAGCCACUAAUAGCCACCUGGGGUUAUACGUGCAAACUGAGGUAAACCUUCCACCUCAUUCAGUGUGGGGGUGAAUCAUACCACCAUUAACCUCGUGAAUAUCUUAGCACACUGCUACCUCUGAAAAUUGAAAAUAAAUUAAAUGUUAAUAUAACCUUGGUGCUUUCUACACUCACAACAUUGUUGAAUCCUACAUCUCAUUCAUUCAGCUGUCCUGCUGAUAUCAUAUGCAAUGAGUACUAAAAUGCAGUUUGAAUCAUUGUUGUCAAGUUUGUCUCAUGAUCCUGUGAAGUACUGUACACAAUCUGUGAGCUGUGUGUGAAUAUUUUCAGGGAAAGUUGCAAUAUCCUAUUGUAAAUGAGCAAUACAUUUUGGGAAUAUGUGCAGUGGUGUUUAUUUGUAUGUCUUCUUGUACAAUAUCAAUAAAACAAGAUUUCAAACGAAAUAAAAGCAGA